AGCUAUAGGCGCGCGCCGCGGGGGCUGCUGGGAGUUGUAGGCGCGGCGCUAAAGGCCGCAGGCCGGGCGGAGGCGCUGUAAAUCUCUGCUCCUUCGGCAUGUCCUUCUCCGUCCCCGGGCACCGAGGCUCUGCCUGACAGCUCUGAGGCUGCGUGAGCUGCUUUACAGGAGGAGAGAUGGGGAAAAGAUAUUUCUGUGAUUACUGUGACCGGUCCUUCCAGGACAACCUGCACAACAGGAAGAAACACCUCAAUGGAGUGCAGCAUCUCCGGGCUAAGAGAGCCUGGUACGACUUGUUCCGAGAUGCUGCUGCUAUCCUGCAAGAGGAGCAGAGCAAGAAGCCAUGUCGGAAGUUUCUACAAACAGGGCAGUGUGACUUUGGGUCCAACUGCAGAUUUUCCCACAUGACAGAGCAGGACUUGGAGAAGCUGAGUGCGCAGGUGCAAGGGGAGCAGAGAUUGAGGGAGCUGCGGCAGGAAGGAGCAGAAAUCCCACCUGGCACCAUUGAGAUCUGGCUGGAGAAGAGAGCCAAGAGGCUGAGCGCAGCUCAGAGCAACAGGCAGGGAGCUCCUGCAGCCUUUACAGAGUGCCAGACAUGUCUGGGAGGAGGCUGCCGCGGCAGGGCCACGUUACUAAUGCCCGGAGCCGGUGACAGCAGGUUGGUCUCAUCUGCUGACAGCUCCCCCAUCCUCUGCCAUGCCCUGUCUGUAUGCCUCUGCCUAUACCUGCUUUCUCCGUUGCCAGUCGGAGAUGGGAUUGGCUCUUCCUGUGUGCUGUGGGGUGCCUGCAGGUCCCUGCUGCUUCCCUGCUCACCUGACAGUGCCGCAGGCUUAAUUGGAUGGCGUUUGGGCAGGUGCCAGAUCUCUCUUUUGUUCUUCGUUCUGUUUGCUCCUGUCCUUUCCAUGUUUGGUCUGGGCAGAAUCUUCUCUCUGGUGACCGUCUGGGCGUGCUGCUCUCUGCUCCCUCCAUCCCUCAGUCCAGCUGCUCCUUGCCCUGCAGUCAUGCUGUCCCUGUUCAUUCAUCCUGCCCAAGAAGCCCCCAGUCUCAGGAUGGAUCAGCUCUCACAGAGGGCACCCGCUGCUCAACCCCGACCUUGUGGGACCUGCGUGGCCCGUGUGGCCUCUGAACAUCCCCAGAACUUUUCGGAAGGAGCACAGUCCUUGUCCUGCUAUUUGAGAUGGGGGGUUCCAUGGCAUGUAGUGUGUUCUGAAUGGCACUGCCUUGGGGUUUGCUGAGCAUCACUUCAACCAGCUCUGUGGUGGUAGAACUGCCAUGCUGCCCUCCACCCACAGUUGGGCUCAGCAGCACAGUCUGCACUUGGAAGCUUCCAUAGCUUUCCAUAUGGCUUCUCAGCCAUAUUUUCAGUCUCAUCGUGCCAUCUGCUUUCUGGAGAGCAGGGGGAAGCUGGAUGGCAUUGUUGCAGAUUGCUGAGCUGUGGAGCUUUGAUUUUUACCCUCAUUUCCAGAGGAGGGGUGGGGGUGUGUGUGUGUGUGUGUGUUGUGCGUGCACCAUGAUGAUGCAGAGCCCACUUGCAGCUUUCCAUCAGAGCAGGGCCCAAGGGCUGUGGGUGCUGAGAUUCCAUCAGUGCCUCUGGAAAGGACGUAGCCUUGGCCCCUACACCACCCUGAAGAAUUCCCAUGGGGCUGUCACUCUGAAUACCCCAACAGGAGGUGAACCCAUCAUAGCACUCGUGUCUUAUGAGACCCCAGAGAAUCGAGUACCCAGACAGCAUCCUCCCUAUUGAUUUAUUCUGCUGCUCUCAGGGCAGCUCAUUAGUUGAUAGCUGUGCUGUUCCAUCUUACAGCAUGCCUCAUCCUGCUCCUUGUCCUGCUGCUCUGCUGCUGCAGGACCUGGGUGCAACCCGAGGGGAGUUCCUUCCCUUAUGGGGCUGCUGUGUGUCUGUUGGUCCUUCUCCCAUCCCUGGUGCAGAACAGGGGAUGAGCUUUAUGGCAAAUGACUUUACUCUCUGCUAGUUGCCUGGAAAACACCGCACUGAACUCCUGGAGCUGGCGUGGGGCCACGUCUCCAGCCCUGCAGGGAGAGGAGGGUGCUGCUCCUCCAGAGCAUUAUGUAAAGGAGCGUGAUUGGAUUUCUCCUGGCAUAGCAAUUAAAGGGAUCCAUCAGGAUCAGAGGUAGAGGCCUGAGAAGCGGGAGGGCUGCUGUCAGGGCUGCUGCUGAGGAACAAAUGAGUUUCCUGUACCCUUCCCCAUUAAUUCCUCACUACAUUUGCUGUGAUUUUAAACCUGCCCGGCCGGGCGCUUGCUUUGGUUGGAGAUGAAGGAGCGGCGCUUCUCAAUUCUGUGUUUCUGCUGCCCGCGCUGUGAGCUGGGGGAGAAAACCUCUUCCCUCUGUAAGGGUGCUUCAGGGAGAACAGCUGGCUUUUGGCAGCUCCGCCGCUUCCGAGGGCUCCUUGUCCUCUGGGAAGUGUGCAGCUGCCUUGGGCUCGGGGGGCUGCCCGGGAGGAAACCACGACCUCAUCUGCAGCUGUUGUUCUCAAAGCUCAGCUGUGCCAGGAGCUGGGGUCAGAUCGGCCUCAUGGACAGAGCCGUGUCCCUGAGCAGGGCCGUGCUGGCAAUCCAAGGAGGCUCAUCUCUGCCCUUUCCACCUCCGCAGUGCCCUGCCUGAGAAACCCGCACCCUUCCAGUACCCCCCCGGCUGGCCCCCUCUGCAGGAGCUGCCCCCAUCCCUGCGGGC